GGGAGUCGCCUACGCCUACUUCCUCCCGGGAGGAGGGGCUCGAGUUCCGCGUCGUCGCGCAGAGCUGACUCUGGGAGGCGUUUGGGCCCAGAGAAGUGGAUCGGCCGCUUGCGCCGCAUGGAGUCCGAAUCGGAAAGCGGGGCCGCCGCUGACACCCCCCCGCUGGAGACCCUAAGCUUCCAUGGUGAUGAAGAGAUUAUCGAAGUGGUAGAGCUGGAUCCUGGCCCGCCGGACCCGGCAGAUGAUCUGGCCCAGGAGAUGGAAGAUGUGGACUUUGAAGAAGAGGAAGAAGAGGAAGAGGGCAAUGAGGAGGGCUGGGUCCUGGAACCCCAGGAAGGGGUGGUUGGCAGCAUGGAGGGCCCUGAUGAUAGCGAGGUCACCUUUGCAUUGCACUCAGCAUCUGUGUUUUGUGUGAGCCUGGAUCCUAAGACCAACACCUUGGCAGUGACAGGGGGUGAAGAUGACAAAGCCUUUGUGUGGCGGCUGAGCGAUGGGGAGCUGCUCUUUGAGUGUGCAGGCCAUAAAGACUCUGUGACUUGUGCUGGUUUCAGUCAUGACUCCACCCUAGUGGCCACAGGGGACAUGAGUGGUCUCUUGAAAGUAUGGCAGGUGGACACCAAGGAGGAGGUCUGGUCCUUUGAAGCAGGAGACCUGGAGUGGAUGGAGUGGCACCCCCGGGCACCUGUCCUGCUGGCAGGCACGGCUGAUGGCAACACCUGGAUGUGGAAGGUCCCAAAUGGUGACUGCAAGACUUUCCAGGGCCCCAACUGUCCAGCUACCUGUGGCCGUGUUCUCCCUGAUGGGAAGAGAGCUGUGGUAGGCUAUGAAGAUGGUACCAUCAGGAUUUGGGACCUGAAGCAGGGAAACCCCAUCCAUGUGUUGAAAGGGACUGAGGGUCACCAGGGCCCUCUGACCUGUGUUGCCACCAAUCAGGAUGGCAGCCUGAUCCUAACUGGUUCUGUGGAUUGCCAGGCCAAGCUGGUCAGUGCCACUACUGGCAAGGUGGUGGGUGUGUUCAGACCUGAGACUGUGGCCUCCCAGCCCAACCUGGGAGAAGGGGAGGAGAGUGAGUCCAACUCGGUGGAGUCCUUGGGCUUCUGCAGUGUGAUGCCUCUGGCUGCUGUUGGCUACCUGGAUGGAACCCUGGCCAUCUAUGACCUGUCCACGCAGACGCUCAGGCACCAGUGUCAGCACCAGUCAGGCAUUGUGCAGCUGCUGUGGGAAGCCGGCACUGCUGUGGUUUACACCUGCAGCCUGGAUGGCAUUGUGCGCCUCUGGGAUGCCCGGACUGGCCGCCUGCUCACUGACUACCGAGGCCACACGGCCGAGAUCCUGGACUUUGCCCUCAGCAAAGAUGCUUCCCUGGUGGUGACCACAUCAGGAGACCACAGAGCGAAAGUGUUUUGUGUCCAGAGACCUGACCGUUAAUGGCUGCAGCCUCUGGCUGGGUGUCUGGUGUUGAGGGGGAUGAAUGGAGGACUCCUCUCCCCCCCACCAGCAGAGGCACAGGGUACAGAGGAGAGAGGGGAGGGGGCUUGGACGACUUUCCAACCCCUUUGAUUGACUUGCCCCCAUCUCUGUCCUUUCUUCUCUUGAGACCUGCCCUCAUCCUGGGGCCUCCUUCCCUUCCUCCCUCCCCAUCGCCCAGCUGUCAGGGCCCUUCAGAGGGAGGGCAGACCUCUUUUCUUUCACUUUCCUUUGCUGGUGUGAGCCAUGGGGUGCGUAUUUGUAUGUGGGGAGUAGGUCUUUGAGGUUCCCAUUCUUUCCCUUCCCAAGUCUCUGGGGGUGGAAAGGAGGAAGAGAUACUAGUUACAGAUUUUAAAAAUGUAAAUAAAAUAUACUUCCCAGA